UGCACUGUUAGCUUGCAGGCUAACCCCAUCGUUUCCAGGUUUCGUGUCGACCUGAAAACAGCAAACGCAGAGAGACACAAAAAGGCUACGCGACCGAAUACGCUUUAGACCCCGGCUGCUAAAAGGAGCAGGACAAUGCCGCACAACUUUCAGCCCGGAGACUUGGUCUUCGCUAAAAUGAAGGGGUACCCCCACUGGCCAGCCAGGAUUGAAGAUGUGGCUGAUGGGGCAGUAAAGCCACCUCCUAAUAAAAUCCCAAUUUUCUUCUUUGGGACACAUGAAACUGCAUUCCUAGCAGCAAAGGACCUUUUUGCCUAUGAGAAGUACAGAGAACGCUAUGGAAAGCCCAACAAAAGAAAGGGAUUCAAUGAAGGCUUAUGGGAAAUCCAGAACAAUCCACAUGCCUCCUACAGUGCCCCGCCUGUGCCAGCAAGCUCAUCUGACAGCGAGGGCAACAAUGCUGGAGGAGGAAGCGAUGAAGAAGAUGAAGAUGAAGAAGCCCCAGUGCCUCAGAAAGCAGAUUCUGGAAGUGAGGUUGACUCAGAUUCUGGAAGUGAAGACAGAGGAAGGGGAGGAGGGGUGAAGCGAAAGCCACCGGCUGUCAAGCGGCCCCCUCCUCCAAAAAAGGUUCGGCGCUCGUCCAGUGACAGAGAUGAAGAGAGUGGAUCCCCUUCAGAAUCAGAGCCCACCCCUUCAGAGUCUGACUCUGGCAAGAACAGUGAUCAGGAUUUUACUCCAGAGAAGAAAUCUGCUGGACGAGGUGGAAAGAAAGUAGGAAGCAGAGGGAAGAAAAAGAAAGCGUCAUCUGGCUCGGAUUCAGAGUCAGGAUCCGGCUCCGAGAAGAAAGUGGUGGAUAGCGAGUCAGAGGACGAGAAGCCUCGACCAGCUCUGUCUGGCUCAGAAUCCCAGUCUGGCUCAAAGUCUGAAUCAGACUCAGAUCCACCUCCCCGGAAGGGUCCACAGGCACGCAAGAAAGAGAAGCCGGCUCCAAAACCUCGUGCACGGAAACCUAAACCUGCCCCAGCCAAAAGAGCACCUUCGUCAUCCUCUGACAGUGACAGUGACAGUGAACCAGACCGCAUCAGUGAAUGGAAGAAACGUGACGAGGAACGGAGAAGAGAGCUAGAGGAGCGCCGGAAAAAGGAGGAGGCAGAGGAGCUCCGCCGGCUACGUGAGAGAGAGAAAGAGGAAGAGGAGAAAAAGAAAAAAGACAAAGAGGCUAAAAAAGGGAGUGACAGUGACAGCAGCAGCUCAGAUGAAGGUGUAGAUGAACACCCAUUGAAGAAGUCCAAAAAACCCCCUCCACCCCCGAUCCCUGCACCCUCUGACUCUGAUUCUCCACCACCAUCUGAGAUGAAGAAACCAUCCAAGAAACCAGACAACCAGAAUAAGGCAAGAGUAAAGAAAGAGAAGGAGAGAAAGGAAAGAAAGGAGAAAGAGCUAAAAGAGAAGAAGGCCCGGCGGUCAGAAGAGAAGUCUAGAGCAAGGUCUAAGCCUGAAAAACCCAAACGCAAACCAGAGAGACCUCCAGAGAAGAAAGUGGAAAAGAAAAAGGAACCUUCACCUGAAGAAAAGCUGCAAAAACUCCACACAGAUAUUAAGUUUGCACUCAAAGUGGACAACCCAGACAUUGAGCGGUGUCUACAAGCCCUGGCAGAGCUUGAGGCUGUGCCUGUCACCAGCCAGAUCCUCCAUAAGAAUGCUGAAGUUAUUGCCACACUAAAAAAGAUUCGGCGGUAUAAAGCCAGCGCCGCAGUCAUGGAAAAAGCUGGUGAAGUCUACAACAAGUUAAAACUUCGCUUUGUGGGCAAGGGAGAAGUGGCAGCUAAACCUAAAACUGAUGACAAGGAACCUGAAGACGAUGUGAAGGAGACACAAAACACAGAUUCAACUCCUGUGAAUGGGGAGUCAGAACGGAAAAAAGAUGAUGAUGUGGAAGAAGAGGAAAAGCCUAAAUCACCUGCCCAAGAAGAGAAUAAUGACCAUCCUGCUUCAAGCCCAAUCAGACGGAGCCCAGACAGCCCUGCUGAAGAACAGACAAACACAUAUGAAGAAGCAGACAACUCCAUUUCUGCAGAGAUGGAGCCAUCUCCUGUAGAAAGCUGAAAGACCCUUAACAACCACUGGAAUGGACCAAGUACUAAUGAUGAUGGCCUCUUUGUUUGACAUCAUACAGUGCCCAAGGCCCAACACCCUCACACACACACACACACGCAGCAUUUCCUACACUAUCUGUUACGCCAAUGUUGAUGUUUUGGACAUUUUGUACUAUACUGAUUUCAAACCGGAAGGCCCUGUUGCUCAAACCGUUUGGUCCAUUAUUUAUCACAGCAAAAAGGAAAGCUUAUUAGUGUGAUAGUUUGUGGCGCUGUGCGAAUCCCUUCUGUUUCUGAAAUGUACUUUUCCUUUUAUACGACACUCAGCCCGUCCUGGAUCUUCACUCCGUACACGUACUCCUGGCUACUUCGUUCUUUCUACCACGUGAACUCUUGACUUUUGGUCUUUCAUACCAUAUUGAAUGAUUACAUUUUUAGCACUUCUUACCAGAAUUUAGGCUGCAGUAGUAUCAGAUGGAACUUUAAUGAUUCCUGUGGGGAAGUUUGGUGGAAAUGGAGCCAUGCCAUUAAUUUUUCACUUUUUCAGAUUUUGUGCAGCCCUUACAUCUGUUGAUUUUUUUUUCUUCUUUUUUUUUUUUUUUAUAAAGCCUACAACACAUCACAAAGGCCUCCUGUCUGUGUGUAUGACAUUGUGAGAGUGGUGAAGUACUAUUUGUGAGUCUUUUAUGUUAAGUUUUUUUUUUUUAAUUAUCUGGUGAUCCAGUUAAUCCAGUCUGAAAUGUAAAGCCAUGAAAUAAGUCACUUACAGCUGUUUUCCAACUGAGGUCCACAUACUUUUUAUAGCCUUGUUUGCAGGUAUUUGCAUCUACAGUUUUGUCUAAGAAAAUAAUUGCUGUGGAGUUUCACACCUUGCAAUCUCGUCUCCCCCGUAGUGUCUGCUUUCAGUAACUUGCAUAAUAAAUGGAAUAACUGUACAGAUCAAAAACUGCCCUUAAAAGCUAUUGAGAUCUCAUGUAGCUGCAGCCUAUUUUGACAUUUUCCUGUCAUAUGCAUACAACAGGUGUUUUUAGUGCUAUGUAAAUUGGUAAAGCAUUUCUAUCACUUAGUUGAGACUUGAAUAAAAAUCUCAGCAU